UGGCGCUGCACUGAUUCGCGCUUGCUGACAUGAUAGCGCUGCUGACCUAACCCUUGCUUAUUGCCUGCUUGCCUGCCUGCCUGCCUGCGGACAGCAGUCGCGCCGCGCUGAUGCUGCUGCUUCUUUUGCUGACGGGGAUGAUGACGCCCUGACGCCCUGACACCCGCCGCUGUUGACGCCCCGUCCGCCCCGUGUGCAGCGCAUAUGCCAAGCCCGAGUCAUCGAGCAUGUGCGGGGGAUUAAUCGAAGGGGAGGGAAGGGGUGCGGAUGGGAAGGGAAAGAAGGAAAGGGAAGGGAAUGAAGGGAGGGAAGGGAAGGAAGGGCGGCGCGCAGAAAGACAGGUCGAGACAAGACGACGCGAGACAGGCGAGCUACGACAUCGACGAGGCCACACCUGGGCCGCCGUAGGAUUGAUUAUUCAAAACACUCGAGCCCGCAGAUCAGUGGGGGAGCCCGGGAGCGCCGGAGAAAGGAAGCUGUUUCUCGAUUCGGGGCGGGCCGGCCGGCUGGCUCGACCGAUGUAGGUAUUAUCUGUCUGCGUACGAGUAUGUGCCCAUAAUAUUUCGCGACGGCGUCGGUGCGCCCGACGG